UUUUAUUAGUAUCAACUGUGUCCAAAUUACAAUAAACAGUGUGUUCAUAGUAUUACCCUUUUCUUUGCUCCGCUCUCAAGAGAGCAGUCUCACUAUUCAGUUUGUAGAAAAUAGAGUUCUAACUAUGGCAGCUGCAACAAUAAUUGGUGCAAUAGUUGGGAUUUUGGUGGCCUAUUUUUGUGGGAAAGUGUUGUACACAAUAUGGUGGUGGCCAAAGAUGAUAGAAAAGAAGCUGAAGAAGGAAGGUAUCCAUGGAGAGCCCUACAAAUUGCUGUUUGGGAAUCUUAAAGAGAUGACGAAAAUGUCUAGAGAAGCAAAGAAACAAUCCUUGUUGAAUCAUGAUAUUGUUCCUUGGGCUAGUCCGUUUCUUGUCCAUCUUUCUAACACGUAUAAGAAAAUAUUUGUGGUGUGGGCUGGACCGACGCCUCGAGUGACCGUAACAGAUCCAAAGCUAGUUAAAGAAGUGGUGAACAGAUAUAAUGAAUUCCAGAAGUGUGAAUCCAAUGCUUUCAUCGACAUGUUUGUUACUGGACUUGCUAGUUACAACGGUAAAAAAUGGGACACCCACAGAAAGAUACUUAACCCUGCUUUUCAUGUAGAGAAGAUAAAGAGGCUGUUCCCAGCAUUUUGUGAGUGUUGUGAUGAACUGAUAAAUAGAUGGGAGGAAUUGGUUAACAAAAAAGGAAGUUGUGAGUUGGAUGUGGCAGACGAGUUUCUUAACGUAGGUGGAGAUGUUAUAUCAAGGGCUGCAUUUGGUAGCAAUAUUGAAGAAGGAAGGUCCAUUUUCCUACUUCAAAAGGAGCAGUGUGAGCUUAUUUUGGCUUCUCCAUUCACCCUUUUCUUUCCCUUACUAAGAUUCUUUCCAACAGCAUCAAACAGAAAAGCAUGGUACAUCCACAAGAAAGUUAUAUCAUUGAUAAGAGGAAUAAUAGAGAAGCGAGAAGACGCCGUGCGUAGAGGAGUGUCAAACAAUGAUGAUAUUUUAGGGUUACUCCUUAAAGGAGGACUAUCAACCCAUGAUGUGAUUGAAGAAUGUAAAGAAUUCUACCUUGCAGGACAAGAUACAACCACAGCUUUGCUCUCUUGGACAUUGGUUGUCUUGAGCAUGCACCCUGAGUGGCAAGACAAAGCUAGGAAUGAAGUGUUUCAAGUCAUUGGGAAAAACAAACCAAAGUUUGAGGACUUGAAUCAACUAAAAAUAAUGAACAUGAUCUUCCAAGAGGUGUUGAGAUUAUAUCCAGCACUCACCCUUAUGCGAAGUACAUCAAAGAGCACAAAAUUGGGAGACAUGACAAUUCCGCCAGGAGUACAAAUGUUUGUGCCUAUAUAUCUAAUACAUCGGGAUCCACAAGUAUGGGGAGAGGAUGCAUUGACGUUCAAUCCAGAGAGGUUCUCAGAAGGAGUAUCUAAAGCUGCAAAAGAGCAGAUGUAUUUCCCCUUCGGUUGGGGUCCUCGAAUGUGCGUCGGUAACAACUUUGGUAUGGUGGAAGCUAAGCUGGUUUUAUCAUCAAUUCUACAGCGCUUUUGGUUUGAGCUUUCUCCUUCCUACAUUCAUGCUCCUAAUCUCACACUCGUUAUGAAGCCUCAGUAUGGGGCUCAGAUAAUUCUGCACAAACUUUGAGCCUUCCGGCUUGUCUCCUUGUUAUUUUCGAUUGAAUAAAUUAGGUUGAAAUGUAUUCUAUUUAUCCAUUUCAAUACCAUGUUAGUAUUUUGGACCUGUGGCAACUUUUUAUUUUCAUCAUGACUAUGAAAAAAUGCUAUCCUAUUUGUCACAA